UGCCGAGCGACCAUUUCGCCUCAGCUGCUUCACGUCGACCGGGCUUGAACGCAUUCACAGCGUCGCGAAGGAAGCAAGAUCGGGGAACAGGCAUUGGAGCCGUGAUCGCUGGGACUGGUCUGAACCUUGGGGUCGGUACCAGGUUCAUGACAGUCGCAAUCUCAAUCUCAGGCUCAGGCUUAGGCUUUGGAGAAGGGGGUCUUACACAGGGAGGAAACGAGGUCUGUGGAUACGAGGGUAAGAGUUGAGCUAGUAUGCUCUGCCGCUAGCUUGAUGCCCAUCGACCUGGCCUUGCUUGUGACCUUGGUGGAACCCUUGCUGACCCUGACCCUGCCCCUGAUCGUGAUCUCCGUCGUCCUUGUCAUGCCGGUAGUGGCGUUCGCGUACCCCGUUGUCGGAGCUUCCAUCUGCAUCGUCGUCAUCGUCGUCGACCUUCUCCUCGUCCUCCUCAACCGCAUCAACCUCAGUCUGCCUUUGAGCAACUACAGCAUUAGCGAAAGGGGUGACUGCUUGGACAGAACGAGCAGCAUCCGCCGCGAUGCUUGUGGCUUUGUCUGCAAGCAGUUUCGGACACUGACGCUUGGCUGCUUCGCUCUCAGGGAUCCCAGGAUGGCCGUCGUCUCUGCCUGUCGAUGCACUCUGACGACCACGCUUGAGACCUGAUGACGACGGAUUAGGGGCGAGAGGUCCAGACAAGCGAGCAGAACAACCUCUCUGAGAUUGCCGAUUUGAAGGCAGGACAGUGUUAGGCUGAGGACGGGCACCCGAAGACGAGCCAAGAGUAUCUUGACGCGAAUGGAGCGCAGGUAUAGUACCGUUGCCGACCAAGGUUACAGGCAGAGCACCACCA